AGGGGGAGAGGGUGGCGCAUUCCCAUAUUAAUAAUGGAUAAAUAAGUAAGGCAAAAUGCUUGCAAUUAGUGACAGCCUGUGAGGAAGUGAUUGCAGUAUUGACAACUAACAGAUACCCUGGAAAAUUGCACAUUGAAUUAAACUUAAAUCUAGGCAGUAUUAUUUGUAUUUUAACGCACAGUACUUCUUUUAAUUAAUUCGCAUUUUUGUGUUAGAUUCAAUUAGCUCAAAUCAAUCGUGGAACUGCAAACAGCAAACUGACCCAGACUGUGCAGAACAACGUGAUAGAAUUGGGAAGGGGAAAUUCACAUAUAUUAAUCACGAUUAUUCACAUCUGAUAUCAGGCACUAGGCUGUUCCUUUAAGGCAAACUACACUGUAAUUUUGGUCACAAUUAACUUGAAUAAGUCAUGUAAAAUCGAUGCAUUGAUUUUCUCCAUUUCCACACACGGUGACUGAUUAAUUUCCCCAGCCAAAGCCAAGUUCGUAGCCUCUUUAGUUGCACAAUAACUGAUGAACCAAACCGAACGCAUUGUAACCGAGUUUGUCUAUUGCCUUCUUGUUAGCGGGGGCAAGAUGACCGCGCCUGUUCUCUACUAUCUGCCCCCGAGUCCUCCCUGCCGGAGCAUUCUGUUGCUGGCCAAGAUGCUCGGACUGGAGUUCGAGCUAAAGAUUGUCAACAUUCUGGAGGGGGAGCAGCUUAAGCCGGAAUUUGUGGCCAUGAACCCGCAGCACUGUCUGCCCACCAUGAACGACGAGGGUCUCGUGCUCUGGGAGAGUCGCGCUAUUCUCUCGUACUUGGUGGCGGCCUAUGGCAAAAGUGAUGAGCUCUAUCCAACCGACAUUCGAGUUCGCGCCUUGGUUGAUCAGCGAUUGCAGUUUGAUCUAGGAACUUUAUACCAGCGCCUCACCGAUUACUAUUUCCCAACCAUGUUUAUUGGCGCUCCUCUCGACGAGGGCAAGCGAGCCCGGCUAACUGAAGCUGUUGGCUGGUUGAAUGUCAUUUUGGAAGGUCGCGAAUUUGCUGCCGCGGAUCACUUUACCAUUGCUGAUCUUACUUUGUUGGUCACAGUGUCACAACUGGAAGCCUUUGGCCUUGAGCUGAAACCCUACAAACAUGUUCGUGCCUGGCUGGAACGCUGCAAGGAGCACAUGACGCCCUACGACUACGAGGAACUAAACGGUAGCAAGGCCAUUUUGCUGGCUGAUAUGUUCAAGGCCAAAAUGAAUCUCUCGACUCCCAGCACCUGAAGUUGUAUAAUGAAUAUUUGUUUUGGGUUUUCUUUAAUAAAUAGCUA